AUGGGCUGCCAUCUUCUUCCGAAUGAAUGUAGAACACUUGUGGAUUAUAUCAUCAAGAUUCGAUUGGGAAGGCUUUCAUCGUGUUCUUCCACUUGUUGGCAACGUAUGAAAGAAAUUUAUUUCAAAUAUAUUGUACCAUUGACUACCAAAAGCAAAAGGAUGAGAAGGAUUUCAUGGAUCCUUGUUACCCUAGUGGCCUUUUCAGCCUCGGGAUACGUGUUCAUCAAGUUGAUUUUACUCUUCUUUUCAAACUCGUUAAAAUCUGUAUUAUCACCAGCAAGUAUUGAAGAAUUGGAUGCUGGCAACAACUUUCAUGGUAAUUCAUCAUCAUUAGAGGAACAACAAGAUCCUCUGUAUUGUCCUAACCAUUGCAUCAUGUUUUUGGAUCGUGUGAAGGAACAUGUACAAACAAGCCUCAUGAAUCAAUUCUCAUAUUCGGAGGAGCCUGGCAUUCCGUCAUGGACAAACAACAGCCAACAUUUAAGAGUCGUGGUAUGUGUGGUUCAAGUGUUUUGCUUGGCAAAUAUUGUGAGCCGCGUCUUGUCUUGUUGCUUCUUGGACAAGAGAGUCAUCAAUGAAAAAGUACUGGAUCAAGUGGAGCAUGUAUUUUCGGAAAAGGUCAUCCCCACUUGUAUACAGCAGCAACUAAUUAAAAAAGUAAAUGAGAAGGACUACCAUCCAUCAUUGAUUGAUAACUUUAAAACUCCUCUACAUGCGCAUACAAUCACGCAGUAUUUAAGUACUCUCAAUCAUGGUAUCAUGAUGGGCAAUCAUUUAGAGGAUGUUCUAAGAAGUAUUCGAAUUGAGAAUGAAAAGAUACCAUUCUCUCCGUGUUCUCUACUUCUGAAUUCCAUCACGAAUCAAGUUGGAUUCUCUGCACCAUGGUCGCAGCGUAUUGAAGAGAUUUGGUUGCAAUACUGUAAUGCAUGCUUUGAUUUACUUGUUUCCCAUGUAAGAAAUUCUACCUCAGCCGUGCUCAUCAAAGGCGAGCUCGACAAGAUGUUGGCUACGAGCACGAGGAGGAGUGGAACGACAAGCCUGCCUUAUGAAGAGCUUUUAGAUGAUCUGUCAUGCUUUGCAAAACUUGAUUUAGAGCUGAAUAUAUAA